GAUAUGUUUCAAAAAUAUCGCUUUGGAGAAGCAAACAUCAAAGAAGGAUGGCCCAGCCCUGGGAAGACUUCCUGGAUGCAGCAAACGUUUCCAGGUCCUACCCUUUAUCCCAGCCUCCUGUUGAGUCAUUUCCUCACACUGAAAAUGUCUGUUUUGGAGGAGAAUCCAGGUAUGAAAAUGGACUGUGAAGACUGGGAAAGAGAGGAACCUCAGUGCUCCUCAGAAGACCCAGACAGAGAUGCCUUGGAGCCCGGCCCCAGCCUCACCUCCGUGAGUUCUGCCCAUGCAGGUCCAAGAGUGAAGCCCAAAGGCCCGGAGAAAUUCAUCAUCCAUGACGGGGAUCAAAAAGUUUUGGUCCUGGACUCCAAGAUCCUCAGAGCAGUUCCAGAUAGGACUUACAUAGUCCCAGAAAUCUUCUUUGUAUUAGCCUCCUGUGUGAAGCCAGCUCAUGAGAACCAAGGAAGCCCCAUUCUUCUAGCCGUCUCUAAAGGCGAGCUGUGUCUCUGCUGUGACAAAAACAAAGGACACAACAAGCCAUCCCUGCAGCUGAAGAAGAAGAAACUUUCCACACUGGCUGCCCAGGAGAAAGGGAAAUGUCUGCCCUUCAUCUUUUAUCGGAAUAAAGUCGGCUCUCGGAAUACCUUAGAGUCGGCUGCCCACCCUGGAUGGUUUAUCUGCACCUUCCCCUAUCCUGGGAAACCAGUUGGAAUGACAAAAUGUCACGGAAAAAGGAAACACACAGAGUUUUCAUUUCGGCAAAUCUACGAAGCUGAAACGAGCCCCAGUGAAGUCAGUGAAUAAGAAACAGCCCCAUCAGAUGCCUUCCUGCCCUUUCUUCUCUAACUGUGUACCAAUGGCAGAAGAACAUGGGAGCUACUCAUUAACCUCCUUUCGUUUCUUAAUAGUGUUAUGGCCAUGCGUUCUGGGAAACAAACUCACUCAGAAGGACAAUGCAGAUAGUGGAGUGCAGUUUAUUACACCAGGGGGCCCAAGGCAGAGUCUCCUCUUAGCCAAGGACCCUGACCAGUUUGGGGGAAAACCUUAUAUACCCUAAGUGUACAUGCACAAACCCACCCCCCCCCCCCCAAAAUCCCUGACAGUCAAAGUUAAUCCAGUGAUUCAUAUGCCUUAAGCCUAGGUAGUUAACAGUGGACAAUUAUCAAUAGGCCUAUCAGUUGUGGUCAUACCCCAAUAAGCAUAAUAGAAUCCAUUAUUCUAUUCGGUUACACAGAUAAUUAGGGUAUUAUUUUAGUGACAGAGAGCCCUGGGGGCCUGGUUUUCCAGUUGGUAUGUCAUUUCCAUAACUACUGGGCAUAUAGCCCAGUCUGGCCCAAGAUAGAACCUGUUCUGUUUCCUCCUUCAUUCCCGCCUCAUGAUGCUCUUAACUCAUAGUAUGAGCAUCAUUCAUAGGGAUAUAUUGCACCCUGGCUCUCCGACCACCGGUUUGGGAGAACGACACCAAUCUUUGGGUUACAAAGUUCAUAAUACAUUGUAAAAUGCAGGGUCCACGAAGCAGAAUCAUCAAGGCAACUAUAACAAUGUUCCACAAAUGACCCUUCACCCAAGAUAGUGCCAAGAGGCAGCAUUAACCUGUGAGCAUGCAGUGCAGUUCUGAGAUUCUGUCCUGCACAGGGAAGAGAGGUGGGGAAUCAAGAAAUAUUUUCAAGUCAGCUCUUCCAGUUUAUCAUGGCCUAGAUGCUUGGUGUGUUUGGCUUACCAGAGUGGGUGCCAGCUCCUUGGGUACCAAUAAUUUGCCACUUGGCAAUUCCCACCGUCCCUUUUCAGUCUUCAUGGCCCCUUCCACUUGGGCUAGUUGAUUUUGAGCUUCAGUGUAUUUUGGAGGCUCCAGUGUUAGCUCAGGCAGCUCCGCCAAUACAAGAGCUUUUGUAGGGGUUUCACUUGUCACCCUCAAGCCCUCGGCUGCUUGUUUAGCGGUUUUAUCUGUCAGUCUGUUUCCCCAAGCCUAGGGGAUAUCAUUUUUUUGAUGUCCUCAGCAGUGUAUUACUGCAACCCUUUUUGGUUCCCAGACAGCAUCUGAUAGGGUCAGAAUUUCUUUUUUAUUUUUAAUGUCCUUUCUGUUGGCUGUCAGAAGACCUCUCUCUUUAUAUAAAGCCCCAUGUACAUGUAAAGUAGCAAAAACAUACCUGGAGUCUAUGUAA